ACUCUCUUUGACACAGGGCCUUUUGAACUCUUGUCCUUGAUCGUCUAUCCACUUGCUCAUGACUGAAAAGUGUAAGAAAUAGCAUAUGAAUAUGAAGAGAUCUCAAUUAUCUUGCUACAAACCCCAUUUUGAGCCCACGAUGACAGGACAGCCGGUGUGCAUAGCUCGGAGUUGCUGAUUGCCCUUCGUGUCCAAAUUGUACCAGAAGAGCGCCGCUCCAAACUUUGGAAAAACAGUGAUGUUUAGUCCAGGGAAAUAGGUGCCCCCUCCUUGUGGAACGUCACUCAGCUGGAAGUUAGAAAAAAUUGUUUUUGAAGAAGAAGAAGGCCUAAAACCGUGUUCUCCGACCAUCAAAUUUACGAUACUCUCUUAAAAAAUUAAAAAUUAAAAUGAUUUAUAAUGUUCUCCUGGUAUGAUUUUUAUCUUUUUUUAUAAACAGGGGAUCCGGCACACUCGUUAAAAGCCCGAUAGUGUGAAGCUGAUAAGAAGUUUUGAAAAGAAUUAAGAAUCUACGGUGUACAUAGUCUUGAAAUUUUAGAAGAACGUAAUAAUAAUACAAAAACAAGAAGUAUUGAAAUUAAAUAUAUCUCGACCCGUUUGGGCUUUUUUUUAACGAUUCAACCGGUUUUUUUUGGGUGAACAGUUGAUUUUGGUUUUAUAUAUAGCUGGCAUAUAUAUACGGAUUUCGCGACAAAAGCUUAGCUAUAAUCUUGAGCACGCUACUGAGUUUGAGUUCAGUUCUAUUUUCGCAUUCGCUGGAACUACAAUUCGCAGAUUAACCAAUAUGACUUCGCGGAUCUUGUUGCCUUUUCUGGGACUUUUGGCCCUGAAACUGAUAUACCUCGUCGACAGUGCCAGUGGAGCAGCAAGUAGCUCAACUGCUGAACUAAACAGUAAAGUAAUUUCCAUGGAAGACACUAUUAAGGAGCUGCAGAGUAAGUUAGAUCUGGCGGAAGUUCAAAUAAAAUGCAAGGAAGAUAUAAUAAAGGAAAAGAAUGAUAGUCUUGACGCGAUUACCAACUUGCGAAAUCAGUUAGCUGUUUCGGAUUGCCAAAAUCAAAUUAAAGAUCUAACAUAUACAAAAGAUAAAGAAAUGACGGAAACUGUUAGAAACUUAAAUGGACGCUUGGAAAAUGCAGAAGAUCAAGUGAGAAUCAAAGAAGACCAACUGAAAUUAAAAGUCAAGGAAAUUGCGGAUACAACAGAAAUGCUUAAAAGCAAAGAGGAACUUAUACAAUCAAAGGACAUGCAAAUCCUUGAGCUAAGAGACAAGGUGAACUCCAUGACAGUUACUAUUAGCCACUUGCAGAGUCGCUUGGUUGAAACAGAAGAUGAAAUUAUAACGAAAAAUGUGCUCUUGAAUGUCAAAAACAGGGAAAUCAUUGAAAAAACUGAGAGCCUGAGGAACAAAGAUGACAUCAUUCAAAUAAAAGAAAUUGAAAUCAGAGAAAAAAUUGAACAAAUUAGGAAUCUAGGGGAAGAAAAGAACAGAAAAGAAAACCAAGUAAAGUCUACUUGGUUGACCAUCCAAAGGCGUCAAGAUGGCUCUGUGGACUUCAACAGAAGCUGGGCAGAUUACAGGAAAGGAUUUGGAAAUUCAACAGGAGAGUUUUUCAUCGGGCUGGAGAAGCUGCACCAGCUGACUAAGGAUAAUCCUCACCAACUAUACAUCAAGCUUCGCAAAGAAGGUGGAGAAUCUGCGUUCCUUUACUAUGACAACUUCCGAAUCGGAACCGAGCACCAGUUUUAUGAGCUAAGAAGUCUGGGAAAGUAUGCGGGGCCACCCAACGUCCAGGAUUCCUUAAGAAUCCACCACAGACAGAAGUUUUCCACAUUUGACAAAGACAAUGACAAUGCCAGCACUUUCAAUUGCGCCGAACACUACGCUAGUGGUUGGUGGUACAAUAAUUGCAGAUCUAGGUAUAAUGAAGCUAUGAGCUAUUUUAAAUUGCAUUUCUAACAGAUUUUUCAUCGCAGCGAUCUUAAUGGAAAAUACCCCGAUGAUGUCUUUUGGAAUUCCUUCGGUAACUGCAACUUUGCAGAAAUGAUGAUUAAGCCGAAGCCCUUAUGAUCUUUGGUUGGAAAU